UAUCAGCCGCUCACAGAACGGCUUAGUGAGCGGUAUAAAAACCACUGAUAUUCCUUUGGACUUCCGUUUCUGAAUGCGUUUAUGUGCGUUUACGUAGCUUUAUUUAAUAAUACGAGAAAAUGGCGAAGUCUAAAAAUCACACCAAUCAUAAUCAGAAUCGUAAAGCCCACCGUAAUGGUAUCAAAAAGCCUAAACGUUACAGGCAUGAAUCUACACUAGGUAUGGAUUUGAAAUUUCUAAGGAAUCAACGUUUUGCAAAGAAGCAUAAUCCGAAAUCAACAAAACAACAAAAGAGGGCAGGAAAGCUCUUACGUAAAGCUCUUCGUGACGCUGAGAAAUAAUAUGUUUAUGUAUUAAUAACUUUAUUAUAAUAAAAAUUGAAAAACAA